AUGGCGGAUGUGAACACAGCGGAUGCCUGCGAAGGUACGAUGAACGGGGAAGCUGGUGACCUUGGGAAGAAACCGAAGAAUGGCACAGCCAUGGAUAAGCCGGACAAGGGAAGCAAAGCCUCCUUUGACAUUUUUUCCUACCUACAUAAGGUGUAUGCAAAGUAUGGGCUGUACGAAGAGGACAUGGAUCGGUUCCUGCUCUACGUGAAAAGAAGGAGAGCCAAGUUAAAAGGGAAGAUAUUACAUAAAAUGAAAAAAGUGGGAAAUAAAUACAUAACCCGAUUGUACGAAACGGAUAAUGUGGAUGGGAAGUACCUUGAGUUGUUGCUCCUUGAUGUAGAGGCAUGUCGAUGUAGGUACAUAAAAAUAAAAACGGACGUGAAUAAUUUGAAGGUACCGUACAGGUCGACUUAUUGUUACUUGAGGAGAGUGAAGAGGGCUAUGGAUAAAGUAAAAUUUAUGAGUGACUCUGUUGGGUUAUCUGUGGAUAAGAACACCGAGUUGCAAAUAAAGUGCUACAGCGCAUACGUCCAAGCAGCGUACCUCUUAGAAGGGAAGAAAUUUGAGGAGGGCAUAUCAAAGGUGGGGGAGUUCACCAAGUUGGUGAAGCUGCUCAAAAGGGCCAUGUUGAAUGAGAUCGUGGAGGGGGCGCACUCAAUCGGGGAAGGAAAAAAUGAUGGUGCAAAGGAAGACCUGUACAGGGAAACACAGAAAGGUGAGUCACCCGAAUCGCGCAGACACAGCCGCUCUGGGCAACAUAUCCAAAACGACCUCACGGAGAACACCCUCAUGAAUAGUAAAGGAAACCUCCUCAUAGAAGCGGAAAGACGAAUCGAAGAAACGUUCGACUACUUCCUCUCCGUCAUUCACUCAUUUGAGCGAAUUUGUCUGUACAAUUUGAAAAAAAACAAAUUAAGCUCCUUCGAUGAGAAGUUACAGGACGAAGAGUUACAGCUAACAGGGGGGACAAAAAAAUCAUCCAUCAGGGAAAUUACUGACAUAAAUAAGGACAUAUCAACGUAUAGGAAACUUGAAAUUUUUAUGAGCGAAAAUACAGUGCAGAUAAAAAUUGAGCAUAGUACUUAUGAACUGAAAGGAAACGGAAACUCCAAACAGGGAGAAUAUUCCAGUUUGCUCAAAAUAAAGAAUACCCUGGAUAACGUGAAAAAUGUAAUCCCCAUGGAAGAAAUAAAAAAGCUGUAUGAAGAUACGAAUUUGAGGGAAGUCAUAUCCUCUGUGAAUAAGGAAGAUUUUCCACUUUUUAAAUUUUUAAAUUCAUAUCAAGCCAAUUUUAUUGUGCAUAAUUAUGGACAGGCGUUCGCAAAGUACUAUGAAUGCUUAACAAUAAUUCAUGAACAAUUGAUAAAAUCGACGGGGGGGAAUAAAAAGGCAUCCGUGAGUGGCAGCGAACAGGGCGGACAGGGAAACCACCUCCAUGAAGACAACAAAAUGAUGGAGAAAAUUUGGAACCACAUGGAACAAUACCUUUCUUGUGAAAAGUUAUAUGCAGACACGGAACGCACACUCCUUGUGUUGAUGAAAUUUUUAUUUUCCAUAUACUCAGCUAGCCAUUUUAAAAAUUUCCCUCUUGGAAAUAAAAAAAAUUUUGGAGACAUCAUCGAAGAAAUGCCCAUGUUGCACACAGGAAUUCGAUACGCUGAUCUGCUAAAACAGAACAUUGAUGAAUUGAACAAAUUAAAAAAUAACGAUGAAAUUUUUAUUAACAUUUUACAGAUAAUUAAAAAUGUCAAGUCUUUUUGUCUUGCUUGUCAUUACGCAAUGGUUGGGAAAAAUGCAGAGGCACACGUACUCUUCGAUUUAGUUAAAACGAGAAAUUAUGUAUACACAAAAUUGCAACAAAUUAAAAUGAUACACAAUGAAGCUUUGCUCAGAAUUACAAUCCUCUUUAACCGACUACAGGAUGUCAUUUCGCUGGUCAAUGAGGUAUAUUACUUCCGCCAUUUGUCCAUUUACGCUUUGCAGGUGAAAACCAAAUGCGUUCCAUCCAGUCAAAAAUUAUUCUCUGUGGACAAUUCCUUUUUUGAGCAAAAAAUGACCCAAAUGUGCAUGGACCCCUUGCGUAUCGACAUGAUGCAGUUGUGUCGAGACUCUGUUUUGCUCAACCCGGACACACACAAGGAGGAGGAAAAGUCCUCCGGGAUUAGGGGCCUCCUUCGCUCCUUCUGGAGGUAG